AUGGGCCAAUUUGGAAACACAGAGAACAGUCUUGCACCAAAUGUGCCUGUAUCUUUAGAGGCAAACCUGGACAUUGAGUCCUCACCAGCUAGCUCAUAUAUUUCUUACUCAACUAUAUUGUUUGAUGAUACAAGUCCACCUACCAGUUCAAAGUCAUUAUCUUCUCUCUUUUCAGUAAGCGAAACUAAUGAAAAAUCAUGGAAUCAAGAGCAUUUUAAUUUGACAUUUCCCAAACCAUCUGUGCCAGAUAGAAAAGAGAGAUCAAGCCCUUCAGAACCACAAAUCAUGGUUCUUAAAGAAAACUCAAAGAACAAAAGAGAUCCACAUGCAACAAGUCCAGAAUCCAAAAAGAUAGUGAAAAAUGUUUUAUCUGAAACAACUAAUGAAGCAGAUAAAUUUCCAUCAAAAUCAUUACACAAAAGUGAACUAUUUAAGAAGUCAAAGACCACAUCAGAAACAAAUCUAGAAUCCAAAGACUGUAGUGCAACCUUAAAAACAGAACUAAAGGAAGCUAAGAAAGAACCAACAAAUUCUGAGGAGACAGAUACUGAAUCCACAUAUGCAAAUAAAAAUCCAAAGAUAGAUUUCAAGAAUAUCCUAAAGGAAGAUUACAACAAACCAAGGUCUUGCUCAAUGAGUCAUUUGAAUAGGAAACUCGUGAAGGGUUUAAAGGUGUCUGAUAUUACAUACUUUGAUUUUAAUAAGCAGACAAUAAAUUGCUCACAGAACAAUUCAAAGAAACCUUUAAAGAAGUCUGCAAAGAAGAGAUCUGAUGUUGAAUCUGGAGAUUUGAAAGACACUAAGAAGGGUAAGAAAGAUGCAAAGAAAAGUGACAAGAAAAAAGAUUCAAAGAAGGAUGAAGAGUCUAGUGAGAUUGAAUCUGGAGAUACAGAAGUUUCAAAGAAAGAUCCAAAGAAGGGUAAGAAAGACGCAAAAAAAGGUGAUAAGAAAAGGGAUUCAAAGAAGGAUGAAUACUCUAGUGAUGAUGAUUCAGAAGAGCCAGAAGUUUCAAAGAAAGAUUUAAAGAAAAGCAAGAAAGUUUCAAAAAAAGAUGAUAAGUUAAAAGAUGCAAAAAAAAACACAGGCACUACGGAUUCUGAAUCUGAAAAGGAUGCAAAGAAGAGUAAGAAAGAUGUCAAGAAGGAAAGGAAACCAAACAUACAGAAGCCUCCUCAGAACUCAGAGUCUACUGAUGCUGAUUCAGAAUCUGAAAGUGAUUCAAAACAGGCUAAGAAAGAUUCAAAGAAGGCUAAGAAAGAUUCAAAGAAGGAAGGUAACAAAAAGAAAGAUAUGAAGAAGAAUGUAGUCUCUACUGAAACUGAGUCUGACAUAGAGCUAAAGAAGGGUAAGAAAGAUUCAAAGAAUGAAAACAAAGGCUCAAGAACUGUCAAGAACAAUGCAGAAUCUACUGAUGUUGAACCCACAGACUCACUGUUGUCUAAGGUUAAGAAAUUUGAUGAUUCUGAUAUCACAUCCAUAGAUUCAAGGAAGGAAAUAGCAGAAGCAAAGAAAGGAUUCAGACUACUAGCCAAAAAGACCACUUUCAGAGAAAUGGGGGAAAUGUCAACUCCAAGUAGAAUUCCUUCAUCAAGGGAAAGACCACCACUUCCUCCUUGUGAUCUUUAUCUACAAUCACCUAAGAUCAGACGUAUCUGCCAGUGCAACAUGCCUCCUCCACCUCCAAAACCAAGAUAUGCUCCUUUGCCUGAAGCAGAAUGGAUCCACAAGCUACUUUAA